GGGAUGAGAGAGGAAAUGUCAUUAGGACGCCAGGAGGCCUUUGAAAUCUUCAAGAGGGACCACGCUGACAGCGUGACCAUUGAAGACAACAAACAGAUUCUGAAGCAGAGAUUUUCUGAAGCAAAGUCCCUGGGAGAAAAUAUAAAUGAAGCAAGAAGUAAAAUCGGUCACCUGAAGGAAGCAAUCACCCAGCGGCAUCUGCAGCAAGCAGCUCUAGGUGUCACAGAGAACAUGCCCGCGCCCGCGGUGCCAGACCUGCACGAAGAGAAGCUACGGUCACAGCUGGAGGAGGAAAAGAGAAGGUAUAAAACCAUGUUCACGCGCCUGAAGGCCCUGAAGGUGGAGAUCGAGCACCUGCAGCUGCUCAUGGACAGAGCCAAGGUGAAGCUGCAGAAGGAGUUUGAGGCCUGGUGGGCAGCGGAGGCCAGCAGCCUGCAGGUGGACCCUCCGGCAGGGAACUCACCCAGUCACACGCAGCCGCUCCCACCCAGGCCCGGAUCCCAGCACGAGAGGCCCCCGCUUCUCUCUAAGCAAAGCGGUGUGUAUACCAGGAAAAUCCUGCCCUCGCCUCCCCCCAUCCUGCCCAGCCCGGAGCAGACGGGCACUCGUGCCUCCCUGGACGACAGCAUCCCUGAGAGGCGGGCCUCGUCCGUCCCCCUCACCGGAGACAGCCAGACGGAUUCCGACAUCCUGGCAUUCAUCAAGGCCAGACAGAACAUUCUGCAGAAGAAAUCCAGCGCUCCCUGGCUGGGUCCUCGCCACACAGGAGUGCUGAGUGGAGGUCUGGCCUGUGGAGUCCCUGGCUGGAAACGCCAGUUCUCCUGCAGGUGUGGCUUCGCCAAUGAGGUGUCGGUGUAA